UCAGUCCCAACUGACGACCGUUGGCCACGUACGGCUCGAGCUCCACAACGGUUAAUCCCCACGGUCGGUUCGUUAUAACGGUAGAUUAGUUCUAUCAGUUAAGCGUCGCGACUUUAACAUAUUUUAACACAUUUUAACACACUUUAACUACUUUUAGGUACUUUUUUACUUGACAGAGGAGCGGAGGAUAAAGUUGUGAAUGAAUGUUCCCCGCUGGGACGGUAAACCGGGAGUAGGAGGAGGAGGAGGAGGAGGAGGAGGAGUAGUUGUUGGGGUCGUCCCGGCUAUCGGAGCUGAGAUCUGCUCUCAGUUAUAACCAGACACACGGAGGCUUGUUUCUGGACAGAGCUGUAGCUGAACGGACCGGCAGUUUCUCCACUGUUUCAUCACCGAGGAGGACGCGGUAACUUUUUAAUCUUCACGGGAAAAAAAAGGAGAAGAGGAGAGUUUGGAGUAAGAGUAAAGUUUCACCCUGAGUCUGGACGUCUCCUGUCAGGACGACGAGCGGCUGGACUGUAAACUAAUAACACCUCUCUCUCUUUACCGUUCCUCUGCUUCAUUGAACUCACAAAGUAGCUCCAUCAUGGAUAAAUACGAGGAUUUGGGACUCGAGGCGAGUAAGUUCAUCGAGGAUUUAAACAUGUAUGAAGCCUCCAGAGAUGGUUUGUUCCGAACCAGGAGGGACGCAGGAAAUAACCCCGAUUUUGAGGAGACUAGAAGAGUUUUUGCCACUAAAAUGAAUAAAAUACACAUUCAGAAGCAGCAAGAGGAGAUGGCGAAGAACAACCAGGCUAUCAUCAAAAUGAAUGGGGGCCACAACAACAACAGCACGUAUUACACCAAAGACAGACCGCCCAUCAAUAGUUACAGACAGCAGCCGUGUGAGGCAGCAGCGAAGCCCCCCAUGCUCUCUGGCCCUGUGCCGGGUUGCACCACCACCACCACCACCACCGGCACGGCUGCUGCUGGGAACCAGUUUGAUGGCCAGAAACACCACAUUCAGUCUGAACUUCCAGUCGGCAGGGCAUGUGGCUACGGAAAUAAUUACGAUAAUAAGGAGCGUUUAGAGCCACAUUCAUACCAGCACAGCAGCAACACCCCUGCUGCUCCCCCCAGCCCAGGAAACCAGUCUCAUAACGCGCCCACACAUCCUCGUCACCAGGCCAGCCAGCCUGUUGCCUCAUGGGCCCCAUCCAGAGAGAGCCAGAGCCAGCUUUCCCCACCUCUGUCUGGGUCUGGGGGCAGCAGUACAUCUCAACAGCAGCCUCAGCGUCAGUCUGCACCUCCCAGUCUUCCACCCCAGCAGAAUCAGGCUGUCACCCCGCCUGUAAACCUGACCUCAUCUGCUGGGCCAGCCAGGGGAUGGGCAGGAGAGCCCUCUGACCUCAUCCCUGGCCUGCCUCUGAGUGCCUUCACAGCAGGAGCUGACCUCCACAUGCAGCAGUCACAUCCUGCAGCCCAUUACGCACCGGCAGCCUCUCCAACUUUGAGACCCUCUGCCAGCCACAAUGGUCCCUCUCCGCUCCUACCUGCACCCUUUGAAACACAUCUACCCAAAGCCAAGGUGGCAUCUGCUGCCUUGAUCCCUGGCAAUGUGUCCAAAAGCAGCAGCAGCAGCCAGGGUCAAGGUCAGAGCCAAAUAGCCGUCUGUGGACAUGCCAUCAGUGCUGAAGCUGAAGUCCCACGCUCCCCCAAGCCUGUCCAACUACCCUGCCAGUCUCUCCUCGAACAGGGGCCUUCAGCAGCUGAAAUAAAGUUAGAAGCCCUCACCAAUCGACUGGAAAAAGAGAUGGAUGCCCAACCAAAGGCUGACUACUUUGGAGUCUGUGUUAAGUGCAACAAGGCGGUGUACGGAGCCAGCCAGGCCUGCCAAGCUAUGGGCAGCCUCUACCAUGACAGCUGCUUCACCUGCAGCGCCUGCAGUCGAAGGCUGAGAGGGAAGGCGUUCUACUAUGUCGGAGGGAGGGUUUUCUGUGAAGAGGACUUUCUGUACUCUGGUUUCCAGCAGUCUGCAGACAAGUGCAACGCAUGUGGACAUCUGAUCAUGGACAUGAUCCUGCAGGCCCUCGGGAAGUCGUACCACCCCGGCUGUUUCCGCUGUGUCAUCUGUAAUGAGAGCCUUGACGGAGUGCCCUUCACCGUGGACACUGAAAAUAAGAUUUACUGUCUCAAAGACUACCACAGGGUCCUGGCGCCUAAGUGUGCAGCCUGCAACCAGCCCAUCCUGCCCUCAGAGGGGUCUGAUGAAACCAUUCGAGUUGUAUCCAUGGACAAAGACUAUCACGUGGAAUGCUAUCACUGUGAGGACUGUAAGAUGGAACUGAAUGACGAGGAGGGUCACCGCUGCUACCCUCUGAACGGCCACCUUCUCUGCCACUCCUGCCACCUGAAGCACAUGGAGCCGGGCUGCUCCUCUCCCAUCGCUGCAGCCUCUACUAACACCUACUAGUAGGUGGAGAGAGGGAGACACCUGGUGGAUUAGUGGAGGAACUGCCACAGCGUGACUGACAGCAGGAGUGGAUACGUGCAAUUCUUGUUGUAGAGGAUUGAUUAAUGCAGUGCAUCAGAUCAUACUAUGGUUUGAUGUCUGUUUUCACAGGAAUGUUAAUGAAGUUUCCAUUAUUUCUGAAGAGGUUUUCAUCCAAUAAUGAAGUAUUAUAAUACACCAAAGCCCUAUUUUGAAUACAGUGAAGCAUUGUGUUAUAGAUAAACAGACUUUGCAGAAGUGUUGCCAUAUGAUUUUUUUAUGUGUACAUCAGUUACAUUGACUAUGUAAAUAUAAUAGUCAACUCAUUUUAGUGUGUACCUUCAACUUCACGUUCAAUCCAAAUCAAUCCAUAAAUGAUUAGUCUAAUGGUUCUGCCGGCUCAAUAGCUAUUGGAAAAUAAUGGUUCAAUCAUACAAUACAGUUCCUACAUGCAAUAAUAACAGCUGGUGUGUAUUUUCAUAUGAAAAAUAUACAAAAAAAUUGGCGUUGAGCCUUUUUUAAAAAGUCUUAGCACAACAUAGAUUCCUUCCUUUUCCAAUGUUUAACCAGAAAGUGUUCAUUUUCUUCUCAAGGUAGUACCCGCAAAAACGCUCUGUGAGAGGCCUUUAUUUGUUGACCUGCACACAGAGCAAUCAUUGUGGCUCAUAUGCAAAAAUCCUGUAUGCAAUAAUGAUAUCAAAUAAUAACUUUAUUACAUGAUCAUUCCAUAGAAAUGUCAAACAAUGCCAUUAUCUCCCAAGCUGCUAUACCUUCGUUUGCUUAGGGCCUACCAUUUCACAGUCAAAAACAAAACAUAUGAAUGACUUUCUCUCUUUCAGAGAGCCAGGUAAUAAUGUUCUCCAGUAAAUCAACAGCCAUUAUUUGUCAAACGCAGUCUGUUCUUAGCACUUAGAUAUAGAUUUUCUGUUUUUUUCUAUGCACCUAUGAAGAGGUUGGUAUUAGGCCUGUAGAUCUAUGUAUUUUAUUACGUUUGCAAACAUUGUCUAUUUAAAAAGAUAUAUAUUGUAGGCCUAUAUUCAUUUACUUUUGUUUCAUUUUGACUUUUGUGCAAAACCCCUUAAACACUAAUUUGAUUUGCAGUGGGAAGUGCAGUUUUGAUUGCCUACCUUUGCCCUCCAAAUGUUGUCUUGAGUUUAGUAACUUAAUACUUGCUUGUCAUUUGAGUUCCUUAUUUCAUAGCCAUCUGUAGAUUAAAAUGAAGAGCAAACAUAUACAUAUGUGCUGUAUGAGUGUUAUACAUAUUUAAUAAAUGCAUUGCAAACUGUCAA